GUGUUUGCGAUCGACUCUGAAAACGGCGUAGGUCUUGCCAUUGACGUUUGGAUACCAAAGCCCGCGUGAUUUGAUAAUCGUUCGGAUGUGAUCGCUCUAUAAAAGGGGAAAACAUAUACGCACCGCAAGGAAGGUCCGUGCACCUUUUUUAAAAGAUCCAACAAGGUUCAUCAGUUCCGCGUUCGACUCGGCUCGUCCCAGGGACUGUUGGAGGACGCUCUUGAAUUUUUCGGGAAGAUUCGUCGUGUGGCUAUCGUGAAAAAGAAGUCGCCAUGGCCCAACUCGAGGAUCAUGUUGCACGCAAUCUUAGCCAGUUGCCCAACUUUGGCGUUGAACUAUCUUCCAUGGAAUUUACCAGCUGGCUGGACUGGCUGGUGAAAAUCCGGGACCCUCGAGACGCCUGGAAAUCGCAGCCCACUUAUCUCUUAUCAGAAAUAACCUAUUUGACCAUCGGACUCCUCACUUUCAUCCACUCUAGGCGAGUUGGUGGGCGCUUUAAGUAUUUAUGGCUGGCUACCAUUUUUCAUGGAUUAACUGUCGAAUGCGCCUCCUAUUGGCUCCCCGACAUUGACAACUUUUGGCACUCUCAAACGACUAUCGUUUUGCUGGGCAGGCGAUUACCGCUGCACAUCAUGAUGCUAUAUCCCGCGUUUAUCUACAACGCUUCCGUGGCUAUAUCACGGCUAAAGUUACCUAAUUGGGCUGAACCCUUUGCAGUCGGAUUAUGUGUGGUGUUGAUCGACUUGCCCUACGACAUAACGGCCGUAAAGUUCCUUCACUGGACAUGGCACGACACGGAUCCCAACAUUUUCGACCGGCAUUACUGGGUGCCGUGGAACUCGUUCUACUUUCACGCCACUUUCGCGGCUUCCUUCACUUUUUGGUUCCACUGCUGGAAACGUUUAAUCAUCGGAAAGUCGGAUGAUAAAUGGCAGGCUGGAGAUCACAAACGCGAAAUGUUGUGCGCCGUCUUGACCGGCUUGUGCGGAAUGCCUGGCGGCGUCCUCCAGUUUAUCCCGUUCUACCACCCUCUCCACGAUAUCGCCGGUGUCCAUACUGAAAACUGCGUCGCACUCCUAACGUUGACAUUCUUCCUUAUUGUUUGGUCUGCCGAUCGUAACCCCAUUGUUGGCUCGAGAACGACACCAGGUAUCAAAGGUUUCAACGAGUGCGUCCUAAGUUUGAUUCUUCACUACAGCUGCUAUUUGAGCUGCGUUUUGCUGUUCAAACCUGAAGAUGAGGUAUCUAUCGGUAUUCAUGAAAAGACUGGUCCAUGUAAUGAAACGUCCCCGGUUCAAACAGCUUUCGGCAUGACUUUGUUGAAACGAAAGUAUCUGUGCACUUCUGACUAUGAUGAAGGUUAUUUCGACUUCCAUUGCCUACCAGGCGGAAAACCGCCUUCUGAGGGCAUGGAGUUCUACACCGCUUGCGGCACGCCUUUCCCUAAUCACGCCGAAUACAUCGUCGUCAUUGCUGGCGUUUGUUGGCUUGCCUUACUCGUCUUUAUCAAUCUCCAUUUUCGCUCAGGCACGGAAGUCGUCUACCGUAAUUCGAACACUACCGAAGAGACCAAGAGAAAGAAGAAGAAAUAAGUAAAGGAAAUCCUUCGUUCGUCACUGCCAUACGCGUACGGUGUGUAUAUGACAAUAAAAAUCUUUCGCAGAAAGAAUAUAUUGGAAAACAAACAAAAA